CACCGGUCUCCAGUCCUUGAAAACCUUCGGCAAGAGCUCGUCCAACUCCGCCACGUACACCGGCCGCGUCGACGCCACGGUCACGUCGUCCGCCAUGCCCCGACGCUGCAUUUCGUACCCAGCCCCGUCGGCAACGCCCCACUCCACCUCAAACGCUUUCUUAGGCCCCAACACCACAGCCGUCACCUCGCCGCCGCCCGCACAUAUUGUCGCCACCUGCGCCACACAAUCAUCCAGCCUCGUCUGG